AUGAGUUCCCCAUUGAUAGUAUCCUUAGGUGAAAUGCUCAUUGAUUUUGUUCCUGAUGUUGCCGGUGUCGCCCUAGCUGAAUCCAACUGCUUCUUCAAAGCCCCCGGCGGUGCUCCAGCCAACGUUGCUUGUGCCAUCACUAAGCUCGGCGGUAACUCUGCCUUCAUUGGCAAGGUUGGGGAUGAUGAGUUUGGAUACAUGCUAAGGGACAUCCUGAAGAAGAAUGGGGUGAAAACGGAAGGAGUGUGCUUUGAUAAGAACGCAAGAACGGCAUUGGCUUUUGUGACUUUGAAGAAGGAUGGAGAUAGGGAGUUUAUGUUUUACAGAAACCCUAGUGCAGAUAUGUUGUUGAAGGAGUCAGAACUGAACAUGAAUUUGAUCAAGCGGGCAAAAAUAUUUCAUUAUGGAUCAAUAAGUUUAAUAUCUGAGCCUUGCAGAACGGCUCAUUUGGCAGCCAUGAAAGCUGCCAAGGAAGCUGGCAGUUUGCUCUCUUAUGAUCCCAAUAUUCGGUUGCCUCUUUGGCCCUCUCAAGGCACUGCUAGAGAUGUCAUCAAAAGCAUCUGGGAUUUUUCUGAUUUUAUUAAGGUAAGUGAUGAUGAGGUGGCCUUUUUGACAAACGGAGGAGACCCAAAUAAGGAUGAUGUGGUGAUGUCAUUGUGCCAUGAUAAGCUGAAGUUGCUUGUGGUGACUUAUGGAGGUAAGGGUUGUGGAUAUUUCUCCAAGCAAUUCAGAGGAAGGGUUCCUGGAUUCUCAGUGAAAACAGUUGACACAACUGGAGCUGGUGAUUCUUUUGUUGGAUCAUUUCUUUUCUCUUUGGCCAAAGAUCCCACUAUUUUGACAGAUGAAGGGAAACUGAAGGAGGCUCUAUUGUUUUCAAAUGCUUGUGCAGCAAUUUGCACUACUAAGAAAAACGCAAUUCCAGCACUCGCAACUGCUGCUGAUGCCCAACAACUCCUUAAGUCUAGCAAAAAAUAGAUGUGUUGAUGCCUUAGUUUAAUUUCGU